ACCGCCACGUAGCUAAGUUUCCAUGUACCUCCCCCCACCCUAUCACUCCCCUCCUUUCCUCUCUCUAACUGUUUUCUCAUCACUCUCAUCUCUCCGUACAAACAUCGAUCCAAACUCACAUUCAUCAUCUCCUCCAUUCUAACUCGCCAUGACCGAGCCCGACUCAGUGGAAACCUCAACAUCAUCUCCCGCAAAUCCAACGCCUACGCAACCAUCAAUCUACAUACAUCCGCGACGCGAGCCUUUCGAACACGGACUCGUCCCGAUUCCCAAACUCAUCUUCACCGAUGCUUUUCAAACCCUAGCUGCUCAUAAGGUCAAGCUCAUUUCUCUGGCGAACGAAUCUAAUCACCGAGUUAACUCGGCCGCGAUAGCUGAGACGCUCCAGAUCUCUCCGGAGAAUGCGAGGCUUGUGAUUGAGAUAAUUGCGUCGGUUUUGCACUCGGAAUCGGAUCCGCUUGUUAAUGCGAAGCCGUCGGAGAUUGAAUCGGUCGGUGUGGAUGUGUAUGAUCUGAUUUUGUUCUUGUAUAUACAGUCGUAUAAGCGGUUGCUUCCCCGUGGACAUAGGGAUUCACCUGCUGUAACUGAUGUUUGGCCUUCUACUUCCGCUUUCGAUGGAUUCUUAUCGGCUCUUUCUCCAUUGCAGCUUGUCCGCAGUAACAGCCGUAAAUUUAUGCCGUCGCAAGCAGAUGAAGAGGCUCACCAGCUAUCUUAUCUACAGAAACAUUUGGGCAACCUUGUCUCCCUUUUGUCUGAUUCCACUGAGGGGGAAGGCGAUGAUUCAUUGGUGUUGAAAAUGGAAAAUUUCGAGCACCUUGGCUUUUUGAUAUUUUUUGGUGAAAAAGGAUCAGAGAAUGUUCCAUUGUGCCAGAAUGCUCCAUUUUUUGCCAAUUCGGAUCCUGACAUGCCUGCUGUUCCUGUUCCUGCACCACAAGUCCAUGAUUGGCUUCUAGAGAACAUUUCUUCUGCAUUGGAACAUAUAGCUGAAAGAGUUUCUACAAAAGAAAAUGGACCAACCAGUUCCUCUGACCCAGAUGUCCCAAUGGCUGACGUGUCUCCUAUUUCUGCAAAGUCCACAACCUUCACUCGGGGUCCAAGUUUCAUUGAGGGAAUCUCGAAGUCAUCAUGCUUGAAGCGGGAAUCUGAUCUGCAAGGCUCUUCCGUGAAGGUUGUCAAUUGUCACGAAUCAGUUAUUUACAUUUUGGCUCCUUUGAGAUAUGCUACAUUGUAUGGAUGCUCUGACACAACUAUAGUUCUGGGGGCUGUAGGCAAGGCUGUAAGAGUUGAACAUUGUGAACGAGUUCAUGUGAUUACAGCAGCUAGAAGAAUCUGUAUUGCCAAUUGUCGGGAGUGUGUAUUCUUUUUGGGGAUAAAUCAGCAACCACUUAUUGUUGGUGAUAACCAUAAACUACAGGUAGCUCCAUAUAAUACAUAUUACUCACAGCUGGAGGAUCACUUGAAUCAAGUAGGUGUCGAUACUACUCUUAAUAGAUGGGCUGAACCUCUGGCGCUGGGCAUAGUUGACCCACAUGAUUCAUUAUCUCAUCCCGUGGGCGUCUCUGAUGUUCAGACUGAGUCUGCCUCCCCUGUUGACCCAGAUCUUUUUACCAGUUUUUUGAUUCCGAAUUGGUUUGACGGAGAAUCUUCUGGAUCUACAAAAGACAAUCCAUUUCCUCUUCCAGAUGCUUAUGUGAAAUCCCAACAAAAAAAUCAUGAAAAUCUUGGGGAACUCAAGAAUGCGUUGAAGGAAACACAGCUUGAGGAUAGCAAGAAACGAGAACUUUCGACUGCACUCCAUGCCUCCUUCAAGGACUGGUUAUAUGCUUCAGGAAACAUCAGACAACUAUAUUGUCAACAAAAUGAUUAAAUAGGUGUGAGGCUGUGUUUCGGUACAGUUGGAGGAUUAGAACCCCAUAGUUGGUUUUCUGAUUUCUAUACCUUUCAAGCUUUGAUGGUGCAGGGUGUCAUAAUUGUUGUCAGCUGGUAAAUCCAACUAAAUUUCUCUUUUCUGUGACGACCAAGUGAUGUGUCGGGCUACAAGGCAGUAUGCAAUAACAAAUAUAGUCCCUAACUUGCUGUGAUUUUUUUUGUCCCUUUUAGAAAAUUUUAUUGUAAUAUGUUAGGAGAUGCUACCUCUGAACCAAUAUUGGUCCGACCUUAAAUUUUCUCAACUUUUGAAUGUAAUCAAUUUGUUGUAAGAGGAUAAAAAUGUGUGGCCUGAAUGAAAACAUCCUUUAUUCUUCUCAAAUAAAUGUGAUUCUAAGCAUUGAUCCA